CGCCACAGCAUCCAUUCUGCCUUCUGUGAGCGCUCCGACGAGACUGAAGACAAGGACGCAAAGUGGUAGUUUGAUGAGGAGCGGAGGAACACGGACCGGUGUCAGUCACAGGGGCUGCUCUGCAUAUUUAAGCCAGUUCAGAGCAUCACAGCCAGGCCUGAUAUCAUCUGCAAAACCUGGAUCGGAUCUUAAAACCUUAUUGAAGAUCAAAGCGUCAAACUGCAAAACUGCCUGGAAAUCCUAUUGACAAGGUUGUGAAUUUGAGAAUACUGACCAACCAUGAUCCUGAACGCCUCUGACCUGGGUUGGGAGGAGUCCUCAGGUGCAGACCCCUUCUUCCCCUCAGACCAACUGGAAGGCACUUCUCCAUAUCAGCUCCCACCCCUCACCGUGUGGGGAGUGGCCCUGUGUGUUUCAGGGACGCUCAUCGCCACAGAGAACGCAAUAGUGGUCACCACCAUCCUGGCCACCCCAUCGCUGCGUGCGCCUGUUUUUCUGCUGCUGGCUAGCCUUGGACUUGCUGACCUCCUAGCAGGCGUGGCGCUCAUCCUGCACUUCCUCUUCCUGUUCUGCGUGGAGCCCAGCGAUUGGUCUGAAUUGCUGACCUCAGGACUGCUGGUGACAUCACUGACCGCCUCUCUCUGUAGCCUGAUGGGUGUCGCCCUGGACCGGUACCUGUCUUUAAGCCACGCCCUCACCUAUGGCUCGAGUCAAUCACGCCACCGUGCUGCCAUCCUCCUGCUGCUGGUCUGGGUGGGGGCCUGUGUCAUCGGGGCGGUGCCUGCAAUGGGGUGGCACUGUCUGGGAGAGCCCGAUUCCUGCUCUGUGGCCAGACCUCUAACCCGGACAUACCUCUCCCUCUUAUGUGGUGGCUUCCUGGUGGUAGUCAUGGUAACCUUACAAUUAUAUGCUGGGAUCUGUCAGGUGGCGAGGCGACACGCGCACGCCAUCGCUACCCAGAGGCACUUCCUGCCAGCCAAUCAAUCAUAUGCAAACAAACACGUCAACGGCAGGGGCUUCUCUCGGCUGAUCCUGGUCCUCAGCGUGUUCGUGGGCUGCUGGAUGCCUUUCUCACUCUGGGGGCUGCUGGGUGACGCAUCCAGCCCUCCUCUUUACACCUAUGCCACUUUGGUGCCAGCAGCAGGAAGUUCUCUGCUGAACCCAAUCCUCUACAGUCUGAGAAACAAAGACAUUCGCAAGGUGCUGCUCCAGGCCUGCUGCCCCCACAGAUACACACACAACACACACAUACACUACCCGGUUGAUGUGUAGACCGGCAAACCUCGCCAGACUCAAACUAUCACAUGAUCUAUGCCAGAUUUAUCCUUGUGUGAAAGCCAGGACACACACAUACCUGCACUGACAGAACAUGAAGUCUCACACAUACACAUACUUGACUCCCACACUUCGAGAGAAAUCCUUCCACAAAUCAGAAUGUACUGAACUGUCCUGGCUGGCGGCCAUCUUGGAACGGCUCUCCUGCUGCUGCCACAAAGACUUAAUGUACUGUCUUAUGUGUUCUUUGUGCCUCAUCCUCAGUAAAUUGUAGCUCCACUGGAUCCGCAGAAGGAAACAAUCACAGGGAUGCUAAAUGUGGCCACUCAUAAGAGGAAGUGGAUUUAAUGACCAUUGGCACUUUAAGAUAGGAGAGGGGACGGGCUCUAAAUGUAAGCCUGGACUUUGUACUGACAUCAGCGAUCCAAAGCCCAAUUUUAUUUACUUGAAAGUCUGGAAAAAGCAGUGUUGUAUAUCUUUGAGAUUCUAUUUUGCACAUACUUUUAAAGGCACUUUGAACGGUACUGACCAUAUGUUCAUGUUGCACAACGUUUUUAAAAUGAAUGAAUAUUUUAUACUGAUGAAUAAUAAAUAUGCUUUUUUCUACUG